CACAUCUCUGUUCGUCCGUUGCAGGCAAAGAUUAUCAAGAGCGAUGAAACCGAGCUGACGUACCGCACCACGGAGCCGCCGCGCGAGGUCCAUGUGAAGAUGCUGCAGGAGAACAUCGAUACGCUCGAGAAGGUCUUCAACUAUGUGGCCAAGACGCACUCGACCAAACGCUGUCUGGGCACGCGUCAGAUACUCAGCGAAGAGGACGAAAUGCAGCCCAACGGACGCGUCUUCAAGAAGUACAACAUGGGCGACUACAAGUGGAAAAACUUCAUCGAGGCGGAGCGCAUGGCGGCGAGCUUCGGACGUGGACUACGCGAACUGGGCCAGGCGCCACGGGAAAACAUUGUCAUCUUUGCCGAGACGCGCGCCGAGUGGCUGAUAGCGGCCCAUGGUUGCUUCAAGCAGGCCAUGUCCAUUGUUACCGUCUAUGCAACGCUGGGCGAUGACGGUGUGGCCCACUGCAUAAGUGAAACUGAAGUUACAACUGUCAUCACCUCGCACGAUCUGUUGCCAAAGUUCAAGACCCUGCUGGACAAGUGCCCCAAGGUGAACACCAUCAUCUAUAUGGAGGAUCAGCUGCAUAAAACCGAAACAACUGGCUUCAAGGAAGGCGUAAAAAUACUGCCGUUCGCUCAAGUCGUCAAAAUUGGCAACGAUAGCAAAUUUGAGAAUGUGCCGCCAAAGGCCGAGGACACUGCCAUCAUUAUGUACACUUCCGGCUCGACGGGCACGCCAAAGGGUGUCCUGCUGUCGCAUAAGAAUUGCAUUGCCACCAUGAAGGGCUUCUGCGACAUGGUUACGAUUUAUCCGGAAGACGUGUUGAUUGGCUUUUUGCCGCUGGCGCACGUAUUCGAGCUGGUGGCCGAGAGUGUUUGCCUGAUGACGGGCAUCUCCAUUGGCUAUUCGACGCCGCUGACGCUUAUCGACACAAGCAGCAAGAUUAAGCGGGGCUGCAAGGGUGACGCCUCGGUGUUGAAGCCCACAUGCAUGACGUCAGUGCCGCUGAUACUCGAUCGCAUCUCCAAGGGCAUCAACGACAAGGUCAACUCGGGCUCACCAUUCAGGAAGGCGCUCUUCAAAUUCCUCUACCAGUACAAAGUCAAAUGGGUACAGCGCGGAUAUCGGACGCCGCUAAUUGACAAGCUGGUCUUUGAGAAGGUGGCCAAGCUGAUGGGCGGCAAGGUGCGCAUUAUUAUGUCCGGCGGUGCGCCGCUUUCGGCCGACACGCACGAGCAGAUCAAGACGUGCCUGUGCGUUGAUCUAAUACAGGGCUACGGACUGACAGAGACCACGUCGGGGGCCACAGUGAUGGAUGCCCGGGACAUGACCUAUGGCCGCACUGGUGGACCGCUGACUGUGUGCGACAUUCGGUUGGUCAACUGGGAGGAGGGCAAUUACCGUGUUACCAACAAACCCUAUCCACAGGGCGAAGUUGUGAUUGGUGGCGAUUGUGUGUCGCAAGGUUACUAUAAACUGCCUGCCAAGACCAAUGAGGACUUUUUCGAGGAGGAUGGACGGCGUUGGUUCAAAACCGGCGACAUUGGCGAAGUGCACUCAGAUGGCGUACUUAAGAUUAUUGAUCGUAAGAAGGAUUUGGUUAAGCUUCAGGCUGGUGAAUAUGUCUCCCUGGGCAAAGUUGAGUCAGAGCUGAAGACUUGCGGCAUUAUCGAGAACAUCUGUGUCUAUGGCGAUCCAACAAAACAAUUUACCGUCGCGCUGGUCGUGCCGAAUCAGAAACAUCUGGAAGAGUUGGCCGAACGGAAUGGACUAAAAAACAAAACGUUCGAGGAGUUGUGCUCAUCGCCAAUCAUGGAGAAGGCCAUACUCAAGGAAAUCAGCGAGCAUGCGCGGAAAUGCAAAUUGCAGAAGUACGAGGUGCCCGCUGCCAUAACGCUGUGCAAGGAAGUUUGGUCGCCGGAUAUGGGUUUAGUGACGGCUGCUUUUAAGCUGAAGCGCAAGGACAUCCAGGACAAAUAUCAGCACGACAUUAAUCGCAUGUACGCUUCAUGAAAGUCAAUGUAUUGAGGAUCUGGAGCAGCAGUGAAGCUAAUUGUGUACUAAAUAUUAUAACAAUUGUUUUAGUCUAGCUCAAAAGGGAAAACAUGCGUUAUUGAAAACCAAACUAGCUUAAGUACUAAAAGAUCUAAAAACCAAAUAGGCACACAUCAACAGCUUCGCCUGUAAAGAGAACAUUUGUAUUAAGAAAUUGGUUGAUUUUAUGUGCUAUUAUUCUUUGCUUUUUCUAUUAUUAUAAUAUAAAUAAAACUAUGUAUCGAGUUUUUAGACAUAAAUAUGUAGCUUGGUUUGGUUACCAUUGUUUUGUACCAUGCUGUUGAUGUUGAUGAUAAUGAUAAUGAUAAUGCUAAUGCUAAUGCUAAUGAUAAUGAUUACGAAUGAAUGACAAUGAAGAAUGAAAUCGAGUUGAUCAAAAAUGGUUACGAUUGAUGUACAGUUUUUGGUUUUUAGUACACUCAUGUGACAAGUGGAAAAUUGCGUAAAAAAAUGAUUAUAAAUACAUUUUUUUUUUAUAAAAAAAGAAACACAAAAUGAAAA